CUCGAGGCGUUGUCACGACAAGAUGUGAAAGAUUAACCACAGGACCAAUCAAUUAUUUCGGCCAUGUGAAGACAUAACACAUCCUACUUUGCACUCAACGGAUGAUGAUCUUCUUUUAAUGUUACUAAAAUUAAUUAAUCACUGCAUCUUCAAGCCAAAGCUAUUACGCAUGCGUACAGUGCACAUCCGGCUUUUCUCUUUCACUUCCGCCAUGGAGUAAACAAAGCAGAAAUGUGACAGUGGCAACAUUUAAGUUAAAAUUUGGUCUGAUUUGGAGUCGACACGAUAAAAUCGUUGCCAUUAUUUGAAAUCAACAUGAACUUUGGAGGUCGUGCUAGUGCCGAAAAAAAUGAUGAUGUGGGAAAGGAUGAAUGGAUGGAUAAGCUACACAAUGUACACAUCACCCGCGCUGAUAUGAACAACUUGAUCAUGAAUUACUUGGUCACAGAGGGUUUCAAGGAAGCAGCUGAAAAGUUUAAAGUGGAAUCGGGUGUCCAGCCAUCUAUUGAUCUUGACCAGUUGGAUGAAAGAAUAAAAAUCAGAGAAGCGAUUCAGGAAGGGAAAAUUCAAGAUGCCAUCUCCCUUGUUAACAAUAUUCACCCAGAAUUACUUGAUAAUGACAGAUACCUGUAUUUUCAUUUACAGCAACAACAGCUGAUUGAGUUAAUCCGUGAUAAAAACGUUGAAGCAGCUUUAGAAUAUGCUCAAACCCAUCUAGCAGAGAGGGGAGAAGAAAAUCCAGAAAUCUUAUCAGAGCUGGAACGAACUCUAGCACUACUUGCAUUUGAGAAUCCAGAAAAUUCACCAUUUGGAGAAUUGCUUCAUCCUUCACAGAGGCAAAAGGUGGCAAGUGAAUUGAAUGCUGCUAUUUUGGAAGUGGAUGCUACUCCUAAGUUAGCUAAUUUACUAAAACUGUUGCUAUGGUCACAAGAAGAACUGGAUAAGAAAAAAGUGAAAUAUCCCAAAAUGACAGACUUUUCAAAAGGAACAAUUGAAGAACCUAAGGGACAGAAAACAGAAUGAAUCUCAUCUUCAUCACAAUAUUCUAACUAGUAGGAGGACACGUUAGUACUCGAAUCAAAUACAGGUUUUGUAAAAACUGUUAAAUUUGAUGCCUUUGGACAAGAAACUUUAAUCAGAUUAAGACAUGAUAUUGAUAUGCACACCUCAUGUGUGCCUGGAUAUAGAAUUCUUCAUCAGAAUCAUAGCAAUCUGAUUGAUUUUACAAAGUUAGACUAUACACUCGUUGAAUAAGAAAAUUUGUCAGGAUAUUUAUGUGUUUGAUUUACUGGGGGUGUCAGAAUAUUUAGAUUUUCAGUUUGGCAGGUCCCAGUAUACAAGGGCAUUUCUGUUUUUCAUGCUAGAGUCAAUUAUGAAUGGAAACAAAUGAAAGGAGUGAUAUUAGUGUCUUGAUUCAGUUUCAAAAAGUCUGAUGUCAUAGACGUUAGUUUUGAAGCGCUAAAGAAAAAACUUACAACAAAUAAUUGAUGUGAUUAUACAUAUAUUUGAUUGAAGUAUUUGAUAUUACUUUCAGUCAACCUCCCAAUAUGAUCUUUCACUUAUCAAUUUUGCUGUCUCCUUGUGAAGAUAUCUUUACACACAGGCUAAGAUGAUAAGCAUUUUCUGAUGGUUCUUACUGUUUAUAGCUGUACAUGUCCCUGUUUUAAAAAAUCUCUCAGAACUUUUCUAUAAGGAGAUAAUGUUAGAAUAAAAGAAAGGUGCUGGUAAUUAUUUAUCAAUACACUAUCAACAUGUGUUUGUUCUUCUUUGGAGAAUUUCAUGGAAAGAUUUUCUAAAAAGGUAAACUACAAAAAUUCUAGUUUAAACAAUAUUGCAUUCUAUAAUUCAACAAUAACUCACAUACAUUGUACAUAGAUUACAUAUGGGGUAGGAAAACAAACUUAAAGCUGAUAAGAAUUCAGAUGUAUUUGUAUAUGGGUCAUGUUCGAUUUCAGCAUGUAACUUAUUGAGUUCUAUUUUCAUGAUUUUAUUUUUUUACAGUAGGGCAUAUCAUAAAGACCUACUGUAUUGAUUAAUAAAUUCAAUUGUUUAAGCCCUGCAUGACAAAUAUGUUUUGUUUGCAAUAUAUUCUGUAUUGGCUACUAAUGUUUGUAGUUAUUGAAAUUAAUCUUUUCACCAAAUCAGACAGUUUUCUGCUACUGUAUUUGGUUCCAGAAUUUGAUUACUCAAUUUCAAUUCCAGAAUUUCCUUUUUCCCAGCUCUCAAGAAAUUAGUUUGUAUAAACAUUCUUAGAUUAAAUGGUUUCUUGAACGUUAGUAGCUGUACAGUAUAAAAGUUAUAGAAUGACCUAUUGAUCAGGGGUACAAAAUAUUCCAUUUUCUUCUUUUGCAUCAAGUUCAUUCUUUUCUUCUGUGUCAAGUUCAUUAUCAAGUUAUUAAUUUGAUAUGAUCUUUUUUUAGAACUUGAACUGUUGUUUAUGUGUUACACAUAUUUACACUUAAUAAUUAUCAUUUAUGUUGAAUGGUAAGGACAACUUUCAAAAGAAAGGCUUAGUGUUUACUGAACAUUCUGAAAUUCUUUUGAAAGUUUGAACAGUAUUUUUUGUCCUUUAACUUGGAUUUGUAUCUUACGAGGAAAUGUGUGCAAUAUAUGUUUUUUUGCAGGAAAAUUUGUCUGCUUGCAAAAUACAAAACUGCUUGCAAGUAUCAGUGCAUAUUUUUGUGAUAUUUGUAGUUACUGAAAUAAGCAAACAUUUCAUCGUGUAUUUAUAUCAACAGUUGCCUACAAAACUGGACCACAACUACAUGUGUAUAAGAUUAACAUUUCAGUUGUAUGUAUGUGUUUUUUAUGUUGAUAUCAGUUGUCAUUGAGUUGCCUUGUAAAAAACUAUUGUGUGAUGGGUCAAUAUUUCCCACUAUCAACUUCAUUAUGUUACAUACAUUGGUGUCUUGCCGGAGUUAUCUGUCAAAAUGUUGAAAUCUGGACAUUGUACCAGGGAAGACUCAAGUUGACAUUGUCAAAUCAGAGCAAGAAUUAAAUUCUCUUGUUGAUGAAAAUAA